AUGUCUAACUUAAAAACUAGGUACUUAAUUGUUGGUGGAGGUAUAGCUGGUGUUACUUGCGUAGAAAUCUUAGCGAUUUUACAUCCUCAAGAAAAACUUGUAAUAAUAACGGCAUCUUCAUUAGUGAAAAACGUCAGCAAUGUGAGUUUCUAUGCCAAAACUAUAGUUAAGUUUGACGUACAGGACACUGAGGCAAGUUCAUUACUAAAAAUUCAUCCUAACCUUGAAAUUUUAUACGAUUCUAUCAAACAUUUAGAUACAAAAAACAAAAUAGCAGUUACUGAAGAGGGUGUUUCUAUACAAUAUGAUGUCAUAUGCAUAUGUACAGGAGGGAUACCAAGACUCAUUAAAGACUCAAAUAAGAGUAGUAGAAUUCUAGGAAUUAGAGAUACAGACUCUGUAAAGGAGUUCCAACAGAAAUUAAAGACUGGUAAGAGAAUGGUUAUUGUUGGUAAUGGAGGUAUUGCAUCUGAAAUUGUUCAUGCUACAAGAGGUAUUCAAAAGGUAUGGGUGAUCAGGGAUGAUUAUAUAUCAUCUACAUUUAUUGAUCCUGGAGCUGCUGAAUUCUUUCAAGACAGCUUUAAAAAUAAAAAUGAAAAUAAACAAGAAAAUACUGUUUUAAGAAGACAUAUUUUUUCUGAAGAAGACACUGUUGUGUCUAUUAAUAAAAAUUUAAAGUCUGCUGCUUUAGGUCCUGAUUGGUUCCGUAAAUUAGAAAACAUAAAAAAUGUAAGUGGGGAGCAAGAACUUGAAAUUAUAUAUAAGGUAGAAAUAGAUUCAGUAGUAGAGAUUGACGAUAGGGACUACCCUUUAGAUGUGUAUUUAACUAACGGAAGAACAAUACAAUGUGACUUUGUAAUAUCUGCUACUGGUGUUGAGCCUGCUGUAAAUUUUACUUGGGAUGAAUGUCCAAAAAGAGCAGUAGAUGGUGGUUUAGCUGUUAAUGAAAUGCAGGAAACAUCAAUUAGAGAUGUUUUUGCAGCAGGGGAUGUAGCUAGUGCUUGUUGGGAUCAUGCUCCCCACUGGUUUCAAUUGAGACUCUGGACACAGGCACGCCAGAUGGCUGGAAUGGCAGCUAAAGCUAUGCAUGCCAGAAUAACAAGCCAAGAAGUCUUACAAGAUUUUUGCUUUGAAUUAUUUACACACUGCACUACUCUUUUUGGAUUUAGAGUUGUAUUGUUAGGUAAAUAUAAUGGUCAAGGUUUAGGUAACAACUAUGAAAUAUUAUUGAGAACCACACCUAAUCAUGAAUAUAUUAAAUUCAUACUUCAAAAUGGAAGACUGCAAGGUGCUAUUCUCAUUGGAGAAACUGAUUUAGAAGAAAUGUGUGAAAAUUUAAUACUUGACCAAAUAGACCUUACUCCUUUCGGAGAUGAUAUACUAAAUCCCGAUAUAGAUAUUGAUGACUAUUUUGAU